AAUAAAUCAUUUAAAGAAAAUUGGGUGUGUAAUUAUAUUUGAUACAAGCCCUACUAAAGUUCCAAUUGGCACCUCAGCUAGCUUGGUUUUCUUCUCUUAUCGCAGUGGCCACAAGUCGUGACCGCGACCCGUGACUGCGCAGCCUGUGUCACGGCCCAUCUCUACGGUGGUGAGUUGCGCCGCCGUGGUGAGAUUGUCUUUGUUGAGAAAAAAUGUCGACGCGAAAAAAGGUUUUAAUCCAUUAGUCAGAAAGUCUGGCAUUCUUUGUUUGUUGGUAAAAAGCGCAAUUGUUUGGCGGCGAGCGUGAAAAGUGCGCGGCUCUAGCGGCCCAGGAUUAUGUAAAUGCAGCCACGGUCCCAGCGGCAACGAAUCUGCAAGCGAAGCGAGCUGCUCCACUUGGCCCCACGGACGAAAAAGCGGACGGACGCACGGACGGACACGGUGGCGUUGGCAAAGUGAAACCCCAAGAGAGAGGCGAAAGCGAGCGACGACACUCACACACACGAAGAGAACUAGGAAAAGAGAAACUGCGAGGAGGAGGAGGAGCUGCCCCAGCAUCCUAUCCACGACAGCGGGCACCACAACAACAUCUACGGGAUGGACAACUGCGACCAGGACGCAACCUUCCGGCUGAGCCACAUCAAGGAGGAGGUCAAGCCGGACAUCUCGCAGCUGAACGACAGCAACAACAGCAGCUUCUCGCCCAAGGCCGAGAGUCCCGGGCCCUUCAUGCAGGCUAUGUCCAUGGUCCACGUGCUGCCCGGCUCCAACUCCGUCAGCUCCAACAACAACAACAGCGGCGGGGACGCCCAGAUGGCGCAGGCGCCCAAUUCGGCCGCAUCCGCUGCCGUCCAGCAGCAGCAGUAUCCGCCAAACCAUCCGCUGAGCGGCAGCAAGCACCUGUGCUCCAUCUGCGGGGACCGGGCCAGCGGCAAGCACUACGGCGUGUACAGCUGCGAGGGCUGCAAGGGCUUCUUCAAGCGCACGGUGCGCAAAGAUCUCACAUACGCAUGCCGCGAGAACCGCAACUGCAUCAUCGACAAGCGGCAGAGGAACCGCUGCCAGUACUGCCGCUACCAGAAGUGCCUCACCUGCGGCAUGAAGCGCGAGGCGGUCCAGGAGGAGCGUCAACGCGGCGCCCGCAAUGCGGCUGGCAGGCUGAGCGCCAGCGGUGGCGGCAGCAGCGGUCCAGGCUCGGUGGGCGGCUCCAGCUCAGGAGGCGGCGGAGGAGUCGGUGGUCUGGGCGGAGGAUCUGGCGGCAUGGGCAGCGGCAAUGGCUCCGACGACUACACGACCAACAGCGUGUCCAGGGACUUCUCGAUCGAGCGGAUCCUGGAGGCCGAACAGCGCGCGGAGACCCAGAGCGGUGAUCGGGCGCUGACCUUCCUGCGCGUCGGGCCCUACUCCACAGUACAGCCGGACUACAAGGGCGCCGUGUCCGCAUUGUGCCAGGUGGUCAACAAGCAACUCUUCCAGAUGGUCGAAUACGCGCGCAUGAUGCCGCACUUCGCGCAGGUGCCGCUCGACGACCAGGUGAUCCUGCUGAAGGCCGCCUGGAUAGAGCUGCUCAUCGCGAACGUGGCCUGGUGCAGCAUCGGUUCGCUGGAUGACGGCGGUGCCGGAGGCGGCGGGGGCGGUGGCCUCGGCCACGACGGCUCCUUCGAGCGGCGUUCGCCGGGACUGCAGCCACAGCAGCUGUUCCUCAACCAAAACUUCUCGUACCAUCGCAACAGCGCGAUCAAGGCCGGCGUCUCGGCCAUCUUCGAUCGCGUCCUAUCCGAGCUGAGCGUAAAGAUGAAGCGACUGAAUCUGGACCGACGCGAGCUGUCCUGCCUGAAGGCGAUCAUACUGUACAACCCGGACAUACGCGGGAUCAAGAACCGGGCGGAGAUAGAGAUGUGCCGCGAGAAGGUGUACGCCUGCCUGGACGAGCACUGUCGCUUGGAGCAUCCGGGCGACGACGGGCGCUUCGCGCAGCUCUUGUUGCGUCUGCCCGCGCUGCGAUCGAUCAGCCUGAAGUGCCAGGACCACCUGUUCCUCUUCCGCAUCACCAGCGACCGGCCGCUGGAGGAGCUCUUCCUCGAACAGCUGGAGGCGCCGCCGCCGCCCGGCCUGGCGAUGAAACUGGAGUAGGGGUCAGACCCCGAGGUCUGAGGUCGCCCCCGAUCUCUGCCCGAAGAAUGUUUCAUUGUGAUUGCGUUUGUUUGCAUUUCUCCUCUCUGUCCCCUCCCCAAUCUCCUUCAAAGGCCCUUUAAUAUUACGCUAAAUGUGUAUGUAAUUGUUUAUUUUUUUUUAUUACCUAAUAUUAUUAUUAUAUUGAUAUAGAAAAUGUUUUCCUUAAGAUGAAGAUUAGCCUCUCGACGUUUAUGUCCCAGUAAACGAAAAACAAACAAAAUCCAAAACUUGAAAAGAACACAAAACACGAAAACAAAAAAGCACACAAGCAGAGUAAAAGUAAAAGUUAAACUAAAGCUAAAAGAGUAUACAUAAUAUAUAAUGGUUAAAAUUAAUGAAUAGUUAUGAUCCACAGACGUAUGUAAACAUACAAGUUCAGUAUACAUAUAUAUAUGUCGGCAGGCGCGUAUCUGCGGUGCUGGCCCCGUUCUAAAUCAAUUGUAAUUACUUUUUAACAUAAUUGUACCCCAGCGUUAUCAAUUACAUGCGAGAUACAAAACACACAGACGAACCCCAACAAAAAUUAUCUAUGUAUAAAAUAUAAACUGCAUAACAAGA